UGUCGGCUCCCCUCCGAAUUCUCCGAAAUAUCCAAAAUCCUCGAGAUCUGACGCCCGGCUCAGCCCAUCCCCACGAAUCCUAGGAGCAACUGACCCAUCCACCCAAUCCGGACCCACAUCCGGCAUCCGGCUCCAUCCCCGCUCAGCCGGAUCAUGGUGGGUGGCCACGCCCCCGGGGCGGGGCCGCACGGGCCGCAUCUCCAAUUCGUGGUGCACCCUUUGCCUGGCACCCACGAACAGCUCUAUGACAAGCUCAAACAAGUGGCCGAGCGCAUCAAUCACCGACCCGUGGCCGCCAUUCACGGGCCCGGGCUGGGGCCUGGCGGGUCGGCCUGGCCCACAGGCCCGCCGCCGCCCUAUGGCACGCCGCCGGCCGGUGUGGGCGCGGCUUCGUCCAGUUCGGCCUUUGGUGCCACGCCCCCCACCUCGGGUGCCAGUUUACUGUCUAGUUUAGGCGGAGGCGUGGCCCAAAUAGAAGUGGGCCCGUCGCAUUUCGCCUUUUUACUGCGAGAUGGGCGGAUUUGCCGCCUGCCCUUUUCCGUGAUAUCGGAUCGCUUGGAUUUGAACCGCCAUCACGCGCCUCAUCAUCCGGGGGGCGGGAGUGGCGGUGGGGGCAGUGGCGGCGGCUCAGCCCCGGCCAGUGGCGGCGGUGGGGGUCACGGCUCGCAUCCGGGCCGAUCGGGCGGUGGCGUGGGCGGACCCAGCGCCGGUGGAUCCUCGGGCGGCGGCGCCAAACCCUCGUACAAGACGCCCUCUUCGGCCAGCGUGGCGGCCGCCUCAGCCACCUUAUCCGGCGUGCGCCAGCCCGCUCGCACCCGUGGCCGCAUCAUUCGCACCUCCACCAUUCGAGGCCGAGGGGUGGGCUCUGGAGGGGUCAUCAUGUCCAGCUCCCGUCCGGCCCCGUACGUGCCAGAGGACCUGGUCGCCCAAGCCCAAAGCGUGCUCCAAGGCCGCUCCCGCAGCCUCAUCAUUCGCGAACUCCAACGGACCAACCUCGACGUGAACCUGGCCGUUAACAACCUGCUCUCCCGGGACGAAGAGGACGGCGACGAUGGCGACGAAGGCCAAGACAACUACGUGCCUGAGGACCUCAUCUCCUUGUUAGACGCGGGGAUCAAUUCCGACCAUCACGCGGGGGUCAUCAUCGAUGCCGAUGCCAUGUUCUCGGACGACGCCAUGUUCGGCCAGUCCUACGCUUCUACGGCCGCCAAUGCUGCCCAUGCCCGCGUCACCGCCUCUGGCAGUCGUAGUUCUUCAACGCGGCGUUCAGCCGACCGGGAUCGCUCGACCGCUUCCACCUCUGGAAUCGAUGUGGCCGCCGUCACGUCCGCCCACAUGGCCGUAGCGGCCAUGGGCGGCGCUGGGGGUAGUGCUGGUUCCUCGGAUCAUCACCGGGACCGUGGGUCCUCAUCGUCCACACCGGCUUCGUCAUCGGCGGCCAAUUCCGCCGAGCGGGAGUCUUCGUUAUUCCGGUGGCGGGACCGACAAUAUCUGGGACCCAAAAGAUGGCUCGAGUCCGCUCUCAGGGAGUCAAAUUGGCCCAUUGACAAGGAUGAAGAUGCCGCCGGACCCUCAUCCUCGUCUAAGAAGCGCGAACCCGCGCCCGUUGUGCCCCAAAGUCCGUUGUGGUUAGGAGAUGAUCUAGAGUUUUGGCCUCCUGAGAAAUCGGGCCUUCGUUUUGUCAAGAUUGCCGCCAUGCACAGUGAGCUGGUGGCCGUAUCCGAUAAGGGACACAUAUACCAAUGGCGAUGGUGCGACAUGACCCCCUUCCGAGGCGACAAUCCGUCAGGCAACCACCCACGAGGCAAUUCCUUAGGCCUGAGCCAAGAAAAAGUGGUCAUGUUAUCGGCCUCGAGUAUUCGGUGCUCAGUGGUCACGGAAUCAGGCAAAGUGGCCACGUGGAUGGAUGAAUCCGUGGCCCACGUGAGUGCCAAAUUGGAGCAAUCCGCCCAAGCUUUUCCGGAGUUUCAGAACGAAAAGAUCUUAAGUCUGUAUACGUGUGUGCUCUACUCGGCCGUGAGAUUGGACUCCGGUGUGCUGUUUUGGUGGGGUAUUUUGCCGUUCAUGCAGCGCAAGAAGCUCUUGGAAAAGUACACGAAUAGGAAGCGCUCCAUUGACGCCAGUGGGAACAAGAAUUCCAAGGCAACUCGACGCAACGACAUCCGAGCAGUGGGUGGAUCGCAUUCAGGAGCGGCAUCUGCAUCCUCAUCCACUCAUCACGAGAUCCAAGUGGGCAGUCAGGUGUGCAUGAGGAAUGCGCCUUUGUAUCAAGGAGGUUCGAUUGGGUUUACGGUGGCUGGAGGUGUUCCAAAGGUGGGUCAACUUCUCAAUGCCGCUUGGAGCAUUUCGGACACAUGUCGCUUCAAGAUCAUUCAACCGCCCAAGAAACCAAAACUUCCCGAAUUACCCCGGGAUGUCAAAGCCAAAGAAGACAACGACUCGGCAUCAAUGCCGCCCCCGCCCUCACCCGCCUCCAGCACCUGUAGCGAUGGAUCCUUGUCCUCACCCGCUCAACAACAACAACAACAACAACAGCAGCAACAACAACAGCAGCAGCAGCAACAACAAGUGGGAGGGCGUCGUCAGAAGCGAUCGGCUCCCAAAGAGGAGCGUGACAAAGUCGACGAGGAGGAUUGGAAUCUCAAGGAGGUCAUUUUUGUGGAGGACACCCGCAACGUGCCCAUUGGAAAAGUGUUGAAGGUAGAUGGCCAAUUGGCUGCCGUCAAAUUCCCUAGUGCGAAAGACAAGGAAGAAGAUAACAUUCUCACUGAAAACACCCGUUUACUAAGAAAAGAUGAAUUGCAUGUGCUGAAGAGUGGGGCCAUCCCCAAAAUCCCGGAUUGCUUCCAACGCACUCCCAAACGCUUGGGUCUCAAUGGAGAGGGUCAGAUCCUGGCCAUUACCAUCGAUGGAUUGGGUGUGCACGCCGUGGUGAAGAACGGCUCCAAGAUGAGUCUGAAAGUGUUCAAUAUCAGCUCGGGCAAGUGCGAAGUGGAUUCCAAGUUCCCCACUGAUACCAACGCCUUCCUCGGACUCAACACCAACGCCAUCCAGUUCCAAAGCACGGGCGAGUCAGAGUAUGUAUCCGUAUUGACCGAAGGGAAUCGUGCCAUAUAUCCCAUUGUCAAGGACAUGACCCCUUCCGCGGAUUCCAUCAAGGACCCCAAUUGGCUGGAUUUGCCCUCGCUCCAAGCCAUUGGCAUGGGUACGCACGCCCUUCCACAUGUCGGGUCGGGUAAGAAGAACGAAGUAGCCGUGGUGGUGCUCUCCUUCGAGCCGCUUUUGGUUCUCCCCAAGAUCUUGCAAUGUGAUUUGGACGGUAUUAAACGAACCAUCGCUGAGUUGGAAAGCGAUCCGACCUCGCUAAAUACGAUCGAGACCGUUCAACGGAUCCUGGAGGAGCGUUGUGAUGGCGGACGAAAUAUAUUCCACACCGCUGUGUCCAUGUGCCAACCCACCUCUAACAAGGACCCGGACGUCCAAGAUGUCGCUCCCAGCGGGAGUAGCAGUGCCAGCAUGCCCCUGGAACUGGAUUCCAUGGACGCCAUGAGUGUGUAUGCCUCCAAGGCGCCCAUGAAUCUCAGGGACAUGAUGCGCCGCAAUCGACUCGAAUUGCCCUCGAGCGCGUCCGGCCCCGGGCAUUCGACCUCGGGACCCUCAGCCUCGGCCUCUGCGCCUUUAGCGCCCAACAUUGGAGUGGCGGCCGCGGCGGCGGCCGCAGCGGCCGCUGCAGUGGUAGCCUCGGGGGCGGGAGGUGGGAGCUCGUCGGGAGGAGUGGCGCCUCCUGGGGAUGCCAGUCCGCCGCCGGCGAUGGAAGAGCCUUCACUGCCGUCUCUUUCGUGGCCUCCUGAACCUAUGGAAAGCAACUCGGGUGACGAGGAUUCCCUUCUUGGACUGGCAGGAUCAGCUGCCUCGAUCUCGUCGCACAAAUCUCUUCUGGUGAAAGAACAACGCACGCCAGCCGUUGAAAAUCAAGAACGUCGUGCCAAUGCCCUGGCCUCACUCAAACUCAUUUGCGAGAGCCUCGUGUUCGGUCCCCAAUUAGAAGCCCUAUUGGCCAUGCAAGAUGCCCAAGGAAACACGCCCUUCAUGGCCGCCAUUGGUUGUCGAGCCUAUCCAGCGGCCAUUGUCCUCUUUGAAGCGGCUCAGAAAGUGGCUCUGGAAUGCUCCAAUGAUCGUGAGACUCAAAAGAAGACUCUCCUGUCCAUGGUGUAUCCCAAUGGGAGUGGAGCGGACCAUUCGCCGUUGCAUGUGAUCUGUUGCAAUGACACGUGUAGUUUCACCUGGACCGGAGCCGAGCACAUCAAUCAAGACAUCUUUGAGUGUCGCACUUGCGGACUCACGGAUUCCCUGUGCUGUUGUACGGAGUGCGCCCGUGUGUGUCACAAGGGCCAUGACUGCAAAUUGAAGAAAACCUCGCCCACGGCAUAUUGCGACUGUUGGGAGAAGUGCAAAUGCCGCUCCUUGAUUGGUGGACAUCAGGGUGCGCGCUAUGAGGUCUUGCGCAAGUUGAUCGCCGAUACGGAUUUGGUGUUGCAGCCCAAUGGUCGAGGAGAGAACAUCCUCCUGUUCCUAGUGCAGACGGUUGGCAGACAACGUCACGAGCAACGUCAAUUUCGACCCAAUCGCCAGCGAAAGGGAACGUCACGUAAGAUCCCAUCGUCAGAAAUGGACCCCGAUAAGCCCGAGCACGACUUGGACCCUCCACGAUUCAGCCAGAGGGCCCUAGACCAAUUACUCAAGGACUGGAACGCGGUCAAGGCCAUGAUCAUGACCGGCCACAAGGAGAACAAGACCAGCAAGUCCGCGCCUAUGUACGAAGAUCAGGCCUUCUUGGCCAGUCAAAGUGGAACCGGACUCUUGGAUAAGUUCACCCAUUGCCUGUUGGUGAGAUGCUCGGGUGAGAGCCUGGACUGCCUGCUCACCACUCUCAUCAAACGCCUCCAAACAGCUCAAGACAAGAGCGAUGCCCGCGGAGUGGUCAAGCGCUUCGUGCGUUCUGUCACACGCGUGUUCGUCAUCUUCAAUAUCGAAAUGGCUCCCGGACAAAGCAAGAAGAAGUCCCUCCAGUCCACGUCCCAGCCCCUCAACCGAUGCCGAAGAGUGUUUCAAGCCCUGAUCAACAUCGCCAUCGAAGAGCUCUGCGAGACUGCCAAUGCCUUGUUGGCGCCGGUUCGCUUUGGAAUCGCUCGACCCACGGCUCCUUUCGCUCUGUCCACCUCGAACGAGUCCGUCUCCAUCGAAGAGCUGUUCUCGGUGGAACCCAUGGUUCCUCGAAACUCGUUGAGCCUGAGCUCGGAUGCCAAUCUCUCACUUGGCGAAGGUCGCUCCCGCUCUCGGUCCAUCACGGCCGAGAACAAUGCUCGAAGCGGUGGAAAUCAUCAUCCCCGAGGAUCCAGCGGCGGAGCCGAGGGUGGUAAUGGGGCGGGGGCCGGGUCAGGAUCCCAAUCGGGUCCACCCGGAUUAAAUGUGUCCAUGAAUGACACCCUAGAAUUGAAUGACAAUGAAGACGUGGACGAUGGAGACAACCAAGUCGGCGACGAGGCGGAUGACACACUCGAAAACGAGGCCAAUGAUGAAGGCCCUGUUGAGAACCCCGAUCAAGACGAUCAACACUCGGACAUGGACCUUGAUCUCUUGGCUGAGACCGAUAGUGAAUCCGAGGACGGGGACGCCAACGAUCGCGAGGCUAACCAAGGUGGUGUCGAUGGUGGGGAAGGCGCCGGUGGGGAAGCCUUGUUCUCGGAUGAGGAUUCCGGUGCUAGCACUCAUCCCGAGGACGGCGAAUCCGACGGGGGUGAGACCGAUGAGCAAGAUGACGGAGAUUUCGCCUUCGCGGAUGAACAACUGGAACGACGAGCCACCCCUGGAACCGCCCAAGAGCGAUCCAAUCUCGCGCCACAAUCCAUGCAAUGGGCCUUGCGAUCUCGAAGCAAGAACUCCCGCACCGUCAAUGGAGGCUUCAUCUACGUGGAUCCAAGUUCGUUGCGACGAUCUACCACUUCAGCUUCCACCGUCGCCACUCCCAAUGGGUCUGAGGGUGUGACCAUGUACACCACUGCCUCGUCCCUCUCCCGGGCCUUCGGCAUAGUGGUGCGUCAAAUCGCGGAUCUGCUCACCAUGCUCCAGGAUUACAACGCCCUGGCCCCUGGAUUGACGCGAACCCUCGAAAUCUCCUACCAGGAAUCUCUCAAUCUUCAACUCCUCAUCGAGUAUCACAUGAAACCCAAUUGGGAUUGGCUCAUGUCCGUCAUGGACUCGACAGAGGCUCAGCUGCGGUUCGGUUCGGCCUUGUCUUACUCCACAGACAUAAUUGCCACGGCCAAUCCUGCCAAUCCAACGCGGAAUCGAGCCACGGAACGAGCCACCGGGUUCAGUUCCAGGGCUGGCAGUCUCUCCAACGCUCAGGACACGGCCAAUAAUCGGCGGGAUUUCCUGAACUACGCCCUCUCUUUGAUGCGGGCCCACAAUUCGGAGCAUUCCGACUCUUUGCCGGUGCUGGACGUGGCCUCCAUGAAGCAUAUCGCCUAUGUGUUCGACGCGUUGAUCUACUACAUGCGAUCAGGCACGGAUGCACAAGAGGACACGCCCUUUGGAGGUGGCAUGGAGCAGAGCUCAUCGUCCUCGGUUUUCCCUUUGAACACGUUCCAACACCAAGCCAGUUUCGACGAGAACGACAAUGACGACGAUGCCGCCAAUGACGCUCCACCAAGCGGAACUCAGUCCGGAGCAGCCACCCCCGGCGGGACCACCCACAUGGACGUGGACAACGACGAUACGAACCAAUCCGCUGCGGCCAUUCAAGCGGCUACAGCCAGCAAAGGACGACGACACCCGUUCUUCCAAAGAUCCGACUCGACCCUGUGUCUCGGGUGUCCGCCUCCCGACCCAUUUCAAACGCCCAUGCACGAAGCUUUGCCGUUGGCGGAUCAGCCCCACCUCCUCCAACCCAAUGCCCGACGGGUGGAGCUCUUUGGCGUGCCCAAACAACCCGUGGGCGAGGACAACAAUGCCUUGAGUAACAACCUGGCCGUACUGCCCACUCGUUUGGGAUUGUCCAUUCGAUCGACUGAUGAGGCCUUGAACCCGGCCAAUGGAGGGCUCCAACCGGCCGAGGCGUUCAAUUCGAUUUCCACGGCUCCAUUCCAAGCCACGCCCGUGGCCGCUGAGUCGGCCUUUGAGAACGUUGUGCGACAGACACGGCCCUCGAGCCCUACGGCCGCCACAUGCGACACGGCCAGUGUUCGAUCUUUGGAGAUCAGUGUCACGAGUGGCACCAAUGAAGAGAACGAACCCGAUCAACCCCAGGAUCUCUCCAUGGGUGGAACAAUGUCGUCCGCGAGCAGUGUGAGUGAAAUGAACCCGAAUGACGAGCCCAUCCCAUCGACUUCCAAAGGCUCGUUCACGUCACCCAAGAAAGCGUUUAUGAUGCGGGAAGCUGCGGCCAAUAGAAGUGACUCCAGUGGAGCUGGCCCUUCAGGUGCCAAUGCGGCUGCGGCUCCCGAGGUCCUCGUGGUGCCUACUGAGAAGCAAGAGCAAGACGGAGAUGUUUCAGCCAAUGUGACCAUCGAAACCUCGGCCGCCAAUGCGGCUCGACGAAUCAACUCGUUGGGCGUGUCUGUGCCGCACGACAUCCUCUUGGGCCGUUGGCGAUCGGCCUUGGAUCUGUUCGGACGAGUGUUUGUAGACGAUGUGGGUCUGGAAGCGGGCUCCAUCAUCAGCGAGCUGGGCGGUUUUCCAGUCAAAGAGGCCAAGUUCAGACGUGAGAUGGAGAAACUCCGCAACUCUCGAACCGUGGACCUGACCAUCAAUCACAUCGAGCGAGAUCGCGACCAACUCAUCACUCAAGCCUUCAAGGAGUUCAACUCCCAUGUGAAUCAACACCUGCGGCGAUCCAGCAGCUCUCAACCGCCAUUAGUGGUGAAUCGGGUGAAAGUCACCUUCCAAAACGAGCCCGGCGAAGGCACAGGCGUGGCCCGAAGCUUCUACACCGCACUCUCGGAGGCCCUGCUUUCGAACAACAAGCUGCCCAAUCUAGAAAGUGCUCAAGCUGGGAACAGCAAGUCCAUGCAAUUUGGACUCAUCCAGCGGCUGCGUGGCUCCCGUGAUGCCAAGAUUGAUCAUCGCCGCACCUUGAAUCGGGUCUAUUCCCGCCGACCCCAAGACUCGGCACGUGCUCUGAACUUCGAGGCCCGACCAUUCUACAUGAACGGUAUCGGUGGCAGUAACGAGCAUUUGUCUCAUCAUCAAACCCAAUUGGGGGAGCGGCUUUUCCCGCGGGUGCAAGCUUUGCGAGCCAACUGGGCCCACAAGAUCACCGGUAUGCUCUUGGAAUUGUCUCCGGCUCAAUUGCUUCUUCUCCUGGCUUCCGAGGAGUCUCUGAGACAAAGAGUGGAAGAGGCCAUUGAACUCAUCGCCAGUCAUGGAGGAGCGGUCCCCGACGGUGGCUCGAGUUCAGCAGCUCCCAGCACCUCCGGAGGCAACGUGGCUCAAGCUCCGCCGUCAUCUUCGCCAGGGCCCGGAUCCUCCUCCACUUCGGCCUCUGCGGCUGGAGCCGCAGCCGUGGGUCAAGAGCACCUUCUGCCCGAUCUAGACGUGUUCAACUUGGGCAGUAGCGGAUUGAAGCGAAAGGCGUUAUCGGGCUCGGUGGCUUUGGGAUCCGAACCCGAACCACCAGAGGAAGAAAACGUCGAGGAUAAUGCCCCACUAUUUUAUACACCUGGCAAGCGAGGCUUUUAUUCGCCCAUUCAAGGCCGAGGCACUCCGGAGAGGAUGAAUGCAUUCCGCAACGUGGGACGUCUGGUGGGAUUGUGCUUGCUGCAGAAUGAGCUCUGUCCAUUGUUCUUCAACCGCCACGUGAUCAAAUACAUUCUGGGCAGAUCCAUCCGAUUCCACGAUCUCGCCUUUUUCGACCCUGUCAUUUAUGAAUCACUCAGACAAUUGGUGGUGGACGCCGAGAACAAGGAGACCUCGGCCCAACUAUUCUCAGCCUUGGAGUUGACCUUCAGCAUUGAUCUGUCCGUGGAAGAAGGCGGUGGAUCCGCCGAGUUGGUGCCCAAUGGUCGAGACAUCGAGGUCAAUGCUGCCAAUGUGUACAACUAUGUUAGGAAAUACAGCCAAUAUCGAAUGGCCACUUGUCAGGACAAGGCUUUGGAAAAAAUGAAACUAGGCCUUUUUGAUGUUUUGCCAGCUGGAAGUUUGGAUUCCCUGACGGCUGAGGACUUCAGAUUACUCUUGAAUGGAGUUGGCGAUAUCAAUGUUCAAACCCUGAUCAGUUACACGUCUUUCAACGACGAAUCCGGAGAGUCUCCCGAGCGCUUGGUGAACUUCAAGCGUUGGUUGUGGGGAAUCGUGGAGAAGAUGUCUCCCAUGGAGAAACAGGAUUUGGUCUACUUCUGGACAGGUUCUCCGGCAUUGCCCGCCUCGGAAGAAGGUUUCCAGCCGAUGCCUUCAGUGACGAUUCGCCCGGCCGGAGAUAGCCAUCUGCCCUCGGCCAACACGUGCAUCUCCAGACUCUAUGUGCCACUCUAUUCGAGUAAGGCCAUUCUCAGGAGCAAGUUGCUGAUGGCCAUCAAGACCAAGAACUUCGGCUUCGUGUGAAUGAUUCGGAAAGGAAACAACACCAACAUUACCGUGGAGCAAUCAAGCUCAAGCGACUUCUUCUUUCGAAAUUGUGUGUAAAGAAAUAGAAAUAAACCGAAAAAUAGAUGAA